AUGGCCCGCAUCAUAUUCGCUCCCCCCCCAGCGCCGCCGCCGCCACCGCCGCCGCCAAGAGGAGGCCGGCGCAGCGCAGCUGACACCGACACAAGGCUCUCGCAAAAGAAAAAAUACUGGACAAACUUGGAGUCAUGGAGUCAUAAAACAAGCAUAAGUGGAACUAUUGGAAAAAAUAGCCCCCCUGCAAGGUUCCAGGAAAGAACCCCACUCCUACUCCAGCCAGGUCACAAUGGCUGGAGCUCUGAGGGGUUCAGGCACCCUGAACCAGGAGAAGAGAAAGUCCAAGGGAAGAUGGCUGGCAGUCACCCCUACUUCAAUCUACCUGACUUCACCCAGCCAUCACCGCCCUCCACUCCACCUAGCCUCUCCUCAAACCAGCGCUGCUGGCCCUCCGAUGCUACCAAGGGUCUGCUGGUGGCCCUGCUGGGUGGAGGCCUGCCAGCUGGCUUUGUAGGCCCCUUCUCCCGUAUGGCUUACCAGACGUCGCACUUGCCCUCACUGGAGCUGCUUAUGUGUCGAUGCCUCUUGCAUCUUCCUAUUGCUGUGUUACUUAAGCUGCGUGGUGACCCAUUGCUUGGACCUCCUGAUGUCCGAGGCCGUGCCUGCCUUCACGCCCUGCUCAACGUUCUCAGCAUUGGAUGUGCCUACAGUGCAGUUCAAUUGGUGCCCAUUGGCAAUGCUGCCACCAUUCGAAAAGGUUCUUCCACCGUGUGCUCUGCCCUCCUUGCCCUCUGCCUCAAAAGUCAGGGUCUCAGUGGCUAUGACUGGUGUGGCUUGUUGGGUAGCACACUGGGACUGAUCAUCAUUGUGGGACCUGGACUAGGGACAUUGCAGGAGGGCACUGCUGGUCUCUACACUGCUCUGGGCUAUGUGUUGGCCUUCCUGGGAGGCCUGGCCUUAUCACUGGGACUUCUGGUCUACCGCUCCCUGCAUUUUCCCUCCUGCCUACCAACAGUGGCCUUUCUAUUUGGCAUGGUGGGACUAAUGGCCUCUGUACCAGGACUCUUUGUGUUGCAAACUCCUGUACUACCCAAGGACCCUCUGAGUUGGAGCUGUGUGGCAGGAGUGGGGAUCCUUGCCUUAGUCUCCUUUGUGUGUGUGAGCUAUGCAGUCACCAAGGCCCACCCUGCCCUAGUCUGUGCUGUCCUUCACUCUGAGGUAGUGGUGGCCCUGAUGCUGCAAUAUUAUGUGCUCUAUGAGACUGUGGCACCUUCUGACAUCAUGGGGGCAGGGGUUGUGUUGGGCAGCAUAGCGAUCAUUACUGCUCAGAACCUCAGCUGUGAGAGGGAAAGGCAAACAGAAGAGUGUGACCCAACUUGAGAGUCUGGGGUUAGGGGUUGGAGGGUGGGCAGGGGUAAAUAGAGUCUGGAAUAUAAACAUGGGAGAAACAGCACCUGGAAAAGAACUGGUGUGAGAGAGGGGCACCCCUUGGACUCAAGGGUAACUUGGUGUUGAUGGAGUGGGACAACUGGAAAACCUCAAACAAGUCUGAGGACUAAGGAAUUGGUCUAAACUAGGUCCUGGGAAUCAGGGCAUAACCAGGGGGUAAGGUCUCAGAUCCAAGGGGCUGAGGUGGGCCGACCAUGGGCUAAGGGGACAAUUUCCUUUUGCAGCAGAGAAAAGAGCACCAGGGCUGGAGUGUACUGGCUGGCAGUGGGCAACUGCACUGGGAGAGGGGAGUGUACCAUGCCGCUUCUCCUAGAUUAAGGUUUCCCUUGUGGUUGUGCCCCUACCCCUUGGGAUGGUGACGUGACACUGACAUCAAACAAGAAACACUUUU